AAACAUAACCCGUCCCACUUCACUUCCGAGUUUCCUGGUUACGACUUGCUCGUGAAGCCUGUCAACACAGUGCGUUCCUUUGGUGACGACAAGAGCCAAUCUGCGGUAAACAUGGUGUCGGGCUUGCUAUUCCGGAGAGCAUUUCUGACUGCGGCAAACACCAGCUGCCGACGUUCGCUCCUUACCAGAGGGCAAUGUUGUAAUUUCACGUCGUCGACCGUAAGAUGCGAGUCCUCGCACAACUCUGAUUCAGCGGUGAGCUACGAGGAGCUGAGGAACAUGUUGUCCCACCACAGUGUUCAGCUAUUUGACGUCCGCAACCCCGAUGAGUUCAUGUCUGGACGCAUUCCUGAUGCUGUAAACAUCCCACUGGAUCAGCUGGAGGAAUCUCUGAAGCUGUCGCCAGAACACUUCCAACAGCAGUUUGUGGUGCAGGCUCCGGGGAAAGAUGACGACAACAUUGUGUUUCACUGCCAGAGGGGCAACCGGAGCCUCAAAGCCCUGGCCAUCGCCCGUCAGCUGGGCUUCACCAGGCCUCGGCACUACCCGGGGGGAUACAGUGAAUGGGCGUCACAUCAGGGAAAUUGAGUCCCCUUCACAACCAUGUGAACCAUUUAAUCUCACCGACACUUCCUGGGAACAAUAAAGUUGUAAACAAA